AUGGAUCGUCUUCACAUUCCAAUCAUGGCGGAUUCUCUUCUAUCCUCCAUCGCUACUUUUCACACAACCAAGAUUAUCUUCACAGAUCUCACCAAGUACGCCUUCAUUGGAUCUGUUCCUGAAACCAUGCUCGCUUGUGUCUCUGCAGCAAGUAAUGUUUUGCAACAAUACAGGAAGAAUCUGUCUUCCGGUCCGAGGGAGCUUACGCCAUCCAUGGUUUGCUCCAUUGAAGAGGCUGAUAAGCCAGCAAAAAGGGGCAAGAAAACUGAAACCCAAAAGGAGGCACAGGUUUAUAAACCAACCAAGAGGCAAACCCCUAAGAAGCGAAAGUCUGACAAGGUUGCUCCAUCACAUCCUCAACCAAAGAAGCAGAAGAAGCCUGCUAGGAGGCUUAUACUCCAAUCUUACAGUGAUUCUAACUCAGAGUAUGUUCCUCCAAAACAUAAGUUUGCUCCUCCUUCAGACUCCGAGAGCGAAAGCUCUGAAGAUGAGGCUUCGGGUCAAGGUGAUACCCCGCCUCGGUCCCCUAUCCCAGAAGGUUCGGUUUGCUCUCCACCUCCUUCUCCUCCACCUGUAUCAAUCCCAGUAUCCAUCCCUCCCAUUUUCCCCAUCCCCACUACACAACCAUCCGCCACUAUACCCAUCCCUACUCCCAUAUUCACAGACACUACUACCACCACUACUACCACAUGGGCUCAUUCUACAGCUCCCACUCCAGCUGUUACAACCGAACCUCCGACUACUACAAAACCCUUAUCUCCUACUCCAUCGACAGAAACCACCCCAAGUGAUGAAGAUGAUGAUGAGCCUGUGACCAAGCGUCAUCUCAAAGCAGUACAUGAAAAACUCGAUCAAUUGCUCUCCUCUUCUUCCUCUAGGGCUUACUCUGAAGCUGCAUUAAAGGCUUUAUUCUCAACUGUUUUUCAAGAACACAGUUCCUCGCUCUCUGCUGCAGCUAAGGCCAUUGAAGCCUCCACUUCUCAAUGCCAGCAAGCCUCUCUUGCUGUUGAGGCUUCUACCAAGGAGUGCAAGGAAGCGACCGCAAAAGUCGAUAAACUAGUUUCUGAAGCUCAUCUAUUUCUAGAUUCUUUGCAAGCAGAAGCUAAGAAGAAUGCCCAAACAGUCAAUGCUUCGGUGGAUAGUCUUCAACGUUCUCUUCAAUCUGAAUGA